GGUGAGGCGCGGCGGACGGGUCACGUGACGAGGCGGGCGGGUCACGUGCCUCUGGCGGCUGUAAACAGACGUCAUGGCGGAGGUGUUUUAUUUGGAGUUGUGCGACGCUCCGGUGCAGUUCGAGAAGGUGUCAACUGUCAAUAAUGUCUUCUUUGAUGAGGCCAACAAACAGGUGUUUGCUGUUAGAUCCGGUGGUGCUACUGGAGUGGUGGUUAAGGGGCCAGAUGAUAAGAGUUGUAUGUCUUUCCGAAUGGAGGACAAAGGAGAAGUAAAGUGUAUCAAAUUUUCAUUGGGGAACAAGAUUUUAGCUAUGCAGCGAACAUUGAAGACUGUGGAGUUUAUUAACUUUAUUCCUGAUUUGCCCCAAACAGAAUACUCUCAAGAGUGCAAGACGAAAAAUGCCAACAUCCUGGGGUUCUGUUGGAUCAGCUCCAAUGAAUUAGUAUUUAUUACUGACCAAGGCAUUGAAUUUUAUCAGGUCUUGCCUGACAAGCGUAAUUUAAAACUGUUGAAGAGCCAGAGCAUCAAUGUUAACUGGUUUAUGUACUGCCCCGAUACUGCCGUCGUCAUCUUGUCCACCACUGUCCAUGGGAAUGUUCUUCAGCCUUUCUAUUUCAAAAGUGGAACCAUGUCCAAGAUGUUAAAAUUUGAAAUUGAACUCCCUGCCAUCCCCAAAUCUGGAAGUCUCUGUCUCUCUGAAAGGGACAUAACAAUGGCCAUAUUAUAUGGCCAACUUUAUGUCCUUUAUCUAAAGCAUCAAGGAAGAACUCCUAAUAAUCCUGGUGCAGAAGUUAUCUUGUACUAUUUACCAAGGGAGGGACCGUGUAAGAAAACGCAUAUAUUGAAACUAAAUGUCACGGGGAAAUUUGCGUUGAACGUUGUUGAUAACCUGGUGGUGGUUCAUCACCAGAGUUCUCAGACAUCUAUGAUUUUUGACAUAAAACUACGAGCAGAAUUUGAUGGAGCUGUAAUAAUUCACCAUACUGUGCUUCCUCCUCUAUCCAUUCAUCCUUGCAAAAUUCCUCGAGCCGGACCAUCAACUGUGACAGCCCAAAGCCCUGUGCCAUGUGAACUUUAUUCUUCUUCGUGGAGUGUGUUUCAGCCUGAUAUUAUAAUUAAUGCAAGUGAAGGAUAUCUCUGGUGUCUUCAAGUAAAGUUACAGCCUAUCGUGCACAUGCUUCAAGACAAGGGACGGCUAAUGGAUUUCCUACUGCAGAGGAAAGACUGCAAAAUGGUCAUCUUGUCUGUGUGUUGCCAACUUUUAAGUGCAACAGAGCGAGGUAGUUUGUCUGUCAUUGCUACCAUUUUUGACAAGCUCAAUCAAUUCUACAAAGAGUACUUGGAAGCUGAGCAGAACUAUACACUGGCUGUGGAGUCAGGAACAAGUCGAGGCAGUUCAGCACAGAAGCCAGUGCGGGCACAGGCUGUUAUCGACCAAUCUGACAUGUAUACUCAUGUGUUGUCUGUUUUUACCAACCAGGAUCUGCCUCACAAGUUUAUCAGUGCAGUGCUAAUGGAAUACAUUCGGUCUCUUAACCAAUACCAGAUAAUAGUCCAGCAUUACCUGUAUGAGCUAGUUAUCAAAACCCUCGUGCAGCACAGCUUAUUCUACAUGCUCCAUCAGUUUCUGCAGUACCAUGUCCUCAGUGACUCCAAACCAUUGGCCUGCCUGCUCCUGUCACUUGAGAGCACUUACCCUCCUGCACAUCAACUGUGUCUGGAUAUGCUUAAGAGACUGUCUACAGCCAAUGAUGAGAUAGUGGAGGUUCUGCUGUCCAAGCACCAGGUUCUAGGUGCAUUGAGGUUUAUCCGAAGCGUCGGAGGGCACGACAACAUCUCGGCACGCAAGUUCUUAGAUGCAGCAAAGCAGACUGGCGAUAAUAUGCUGUUUUAUACUACCUUCAAAUUUUUUGAACAAAGGAAUCAGAGAUUACGUGGAAGCCCAAACUUCACACCAGGAGAACACUGUGAAGAACAUAUUGACCAUUUCAAAAGCCUGUUUGGGGAACAAGCACUUCUCAAAGCUAUGGUUGUGUGAAAGGACAUUGGGAGACUUCAUCCAGAAGACAAUGACUUUUGUCCAUCAGAUGUACAGUUGAAAUCUAGAAACUUUAUUAAAUGCAUUAUAAAAUGUUGUGUUAUAAAAUAUUUAUACAGUUGUAACAUAUUAAAAUAUGCAUUAGUGUUAAA